AGGGGCCGCAGCAGGUGGCGAGGCUGCCUCCUCUGUGGCCCGGAGAGCUUCAGCGAGCACCGGUCCCGCCUCCGGCUCCUCCUCUUCCCGCUUUUGUUGGCAGCGCGUGGAGGCGGGAAGGCGGCUGCAGCUGCGGCGAGAUGAGCCGGGACCAGCUUGCAGGCUCGAGCCACAGUGAAACAACUAAAAAACGGGAUGAUUAUUUGGAAUGGCCCGAAUACUUCAUGGCUGUGGCCUUUUUAUCUGCUCAGAGGAGCAAAGAUCCAAAUUCCCAGGUUGGGGCUUGCAUCAUCAACGCAGAAAACAAAAUUGUUGGAAUCGGCUACAAUGGGAUGCCCAAUGGGUGUAGUGAUGACUUGCUUCCCUGGAGGAGAACAGCUGAUAGUAAACUGGACACAAAAUAUCCUUACGUGUGCCAUGCUGAAUUGAAUGCCAUUAUGAACAAAAACUCAGCCGAUGUGAAGGGUUGUACCAUGUAUGUCGCCUUAUUCCCGUGUAAUGAAUGUGCUAAACUCAUCAUCCAGGCAGGUAUAAAAGAAGUUAUUUAUAUGUCUGAUAAAUACCACGAUAGUGAUGAAACCACAGCUGCAAGACUCAUGUUUGACUUGGCUGGGAUUAAAUUCAGGAAAUUCACGCCCAAGUACAGCAAGAUUGUCAUUGACUUUGAUUCAAUUAACAGCAGACCGAGUCAAAAGCCUUAGUGAGUUACAUCUCAUUAAAACUCUAGAAGAUUGGGAUUAUCCUCUUCUUAAGAAGCUGCUAAUGCCUUUCAUCUUGAAGUUACCCAUAACUUUUUAAUAGCCAGUACAGCAAAAGUAGACAUCUAAAGAAUAUAAAGCCUCAAAUCUUCCUUACUGUCUCUCUGGUCACAUGGAAUCUACAUGUAUUUAAACUAUUGAUUUGAGAUUUGAAAUGGAGAAACAUGUAUAGCUUGGACAAGGCUGGGGUAGGAGGGAUUCUUCCUCCUCUAGAAGAAACACAACACAGUGAAAGGAAUCAGAUUUGGAGUGGGAGAAGCUGGGUUCGAAUUCUGUCAUACUAUAAAUUGGGCAAAUGACAAUUUGUUGCCUUUGAUUUUUUCAUCUGUAAAAAUAACAGGUCCAUGGUCUGGGGCUCUAUUUUAAGAAUGCCUUACCUAGCUUGGUACCUAAUCAUUGGAGCUGGUUGGGAUUACUUAGGUAGACCACACCAUCUUAUUAUUUUGGUUUAGUCUUUCACUAAACACAGUAUGCUUACUUGUGCUAAAAGAACAGAUAAAUAAUUGUUGUUGUCUUCUUAGCAGGAAAGAGCAGACACACUGGGUUGAACAUCUGGUCUCAAUGAAGUAGAACAUGGAAGUGCCCUUGUUAAAAACAGAGGCUCAAAUUGCAGUAGUUUCAACAUAGCGCUAGGCAUAGGUCACUAAAAGGUGGUGAUCACAUAUUUAUGAUUGCUAGCUUGUCCUGUCAGAUUCUGACCGAGGGGCAAGCACUAUAUCAGUAAAUAUGGACUGAGUGCUUACUUGAAUGAUCCAGGCAGUUAGUUACCUUAGUCAUGAGAUCUAAGCAAAAACAGCUGUUUUUUUUUUUUUGUGAAUUAUUUUAUGCUUUUCUGUCAGAUCCUGCAUUUAAUUCAGCUUGUUCUUUAUAGUUCCAUAUAUUGUCAAUUUUAUGGAAUAAUCUAUUUCCAAUCCUAAAAACAAUAUAGGUUUAAGGUCAAGGAUUCACAGGAUUUCAUGUUUCAAGGGAUUUUCAGAUAAAAAUUAGUGCACCCUUCAUUUAACAGAUGAGGCAACUGAGGCAAUAAGAAGGGAAACCCAGGAAACAAGUAUUAGAGUUGACAUUCUGACCCAUAACUCCAAACCCGUUGUUCUUUCACCUUCCCCUUCUUGUCUGCUAGAAACCAUGUCUCCAUAUCAAUCCUGGGUUCUGUCUGUCCUCUUGAAGACCACCUUUGUUCAUAACCUGGGUUACUAACAUGAGAUCGAAUUUAAAAUAAAAACACUGAGCCCACUUGGAGGCAGCCUGUUCUAGCUAGAGUGGUGACUUGGGCGUAUUUAAUCAAGCUGGCUCAUUGCCUUUGUCUUCAAAAAUAUUGCUUAACCAAACAGCCUCACUAAUCAGCACGAGGUUUGGGAAUGCAUGUCAGUGCACCUUGUCUUUUAUCUAAUUUAAUUUUUUAUUAGCUAUGUUUAGUACCUUUGUUUAGAAAUGACUUUCCUCCUAGAGAGCAUUACUUGCUCUGUCUUUUAAAAAAAUAAAAUAAAGCAUUAUAUUUUGCUGAACUU